UCUCAAAUAUUUGAUAUCUUUUAUCCACCACAACCCCAAUAUCCCCAUCAUCAUUUCAAUAAUCCAUCUCCCAAAAGCAAUUCUCAUCACAUCCCCAUUCAUUAGCCGCCACCACCCACCCAAAAAAAAAUGGCAACCUCCACCUUGUUCUUCACCCCCACCAUCCAAAACCACCACCACCACCACAAUCUUUCCCCGUCCAGCAUCUCAUUCCAAGGCCUCAGACCUCUGAGCACCAAGGCCAAAACCUCCCUCUCCAAACUCACCGCCAGCACCAACUCAAGAAGGAACUUUGCUAUCAAAGCUGAGCUCAGUCCACAACUGGUCAUAAGCCUAAGCACCGGACUGUCUCUCUUCCUGGGUAGGUUUGUUUUCUUCAACUUCCAAAGAGAAAACGUCGCCAAACAAGGGUUGCCUGAGCAAAAUGGAGUCACCCAUUUCGAGGCAGGAGAUGUUCGUGCCAAAGAGUACGUCAGCCUCCUCAAAUCCAAUGAUCCUGUUGGUUUCAACAUUGUUGAUGUUCUUGCUUGGGGCUCUAUUGGCCAUAUUGUUGCUUACUAUAUCUUGGCUACUGCCAGCAAUGGUUACGACCCCAGCUUCUUUCCUAAAUAAACCAUUAUUCAUGUUCUUGAUUUACUUUGUAUAGUGUUGCUAGCUUUUUUUCUUUCUUUUACUUCUGGAAAAUCUUAAGUUACUGCUAAUGUCUUUUUCUUGCAUGUAAUCUUGAACCUUGUUUUAUUGCUCUGCGAUUUUUCUA